AUGGUCCUUCACCACCACUUCAGUCUUACAUUGGCAGCGCCGUCCUUCAUCGCCGACGCUGGAUUCAAGGAACCUGAUGUGCUUCGACCUUUGACACCUCAGCCUGCAACUUCCUCUGAUCAGGAGCUCCUCCGUAGCUUUCUGGAUCCGCACUCCUCUUCUUUGUAUCUGGACCCUAUCUCCGAAGGCUCAAUGGAACCAGCAUCCUCCGAGCAGAAGAAGCUGGUUCCCGGAAGCAUUGGAUCACCAUCAGGAGAACCUGUGAAUUCCAUGAAUGCCAACGAAGUCGAUUCCUACAAAGGUCAGAUCAAGCACAGUACUAACCAGACGAUACUUCUUCGGCCAAGUUGA